GAGUGCUUUUGGUCCGGAGGAAGGUUUUGGUUCGCCAUCGAUGUGCCCAAAGAGUACAAUAUUCUGGUAAUACGAGCAACAGAUCCAUUGACUCACGCGAGUGGUCCCCCUCAAGUGAAAUGUCAGACCAGGAUAUGGCACCCAAACAUCUCAGAGGACGGAGACAUAUGUCUGAGUCUUCUGCGCGAGAGCUCCAUCGACGCCAUGGGGUGGGCGCCCACCCGGACCCUCAAGGAUGUGGUCUGGGGUCUCAACUCACUGUUCACUGAUUUACUGAAUUUCGAUGACCCGCUCAACGACGAGGCGGCCGACCAUUACCUCAGAGAUCGGGACAGCUUUGAGCACAAAGUGAGAGAUUAUGUACACAAAUAUGCAAAGUCU